AUGGCUUCAAUAUUCCAGGCAUUUCCGCAGCUGCGGACUGCUGCUCCACGCCUCUCACGACGCCUCUUCGUAUGCAGGCCAUGCUUUAAUUCGCCGAUUCGAGCCGCCGUCUCCGCUUCACGAUCUUCAUCCCGACUUUCCGUCCUGCAAUCGGUGAGGUGGAAAUCCACCCAGCCUCUCCGCAGUACCGCGACCAUCGAGGGAUCGAAUGCGGGACGGGCGAUACUCGCGGAAGCUGCGACCAAAACUGAGGGCCAGUCGAGCAGCUUCCCCAAGACAACCUCCAAGAGCGUCGCAUACUGGCUGCUGGGCAGUGCUGCGAGCGUUUUCGGUAUAGUCGUGUUUGGUGGUCUGACUCGUCUCACAGAGUCUGGGCUGAGCAUCACCGAAUGGCGCCCUGUCACCGGCUCCCUCUGGCCCAUGAGCCAGGCCGAAUGGGACAGCGAGUUCACCAAAUACAAGGCAUCACCUGAGUUUGCCCAGCUCAACUCGAGUAUGGACAUGGCCGACUUUAAGCAAAUCUACUUUAUGGAAUGGGCACAUCGUCUCUGGGGUCGCGUCAUUGGCAUCACGUUCCUCGUACCAACCGCGUACUUCAUCGCACGCCGCAGGGUAGCACCCUCAAUGGCCUGGAAGCUCGUCGGCAUCUGCGGCAUGAUCGGCUUCCAGGGUGUUAUCGGGUGGUGGAUGGUCAAGAGUGGGCUCAAGGACGACCUCUUUGAACCUGGUAGCCACCCCCGUGUUAGCCAGUACCGCCUGACUGCCCAUCUGGGCGCUGCAUUCACCGUCUACUGCUCAAUGGUAUACACUGGUCUCUCUAUUCUCAAAGAGAACCGCAUGCUGGCCGACCCAGUCAAGGCGGCAGAGACCAUCAAGACUCUGCAGCACCCUGCACUCCGCAUCUUCAGACGCUCUGUCUUCGGUCUUACUCUUCUCGUCUUCACUACUGCCAUGUCAGGUGCCCUUGUCGCUGGUCUCGAUGCCGGUCUCAUCUAUAACGAGUUCCCGUGGAUGGGUAUGGGUCUCACCCCACCCAGGAAAGAACUAUUCGACCCCUUCUACAGCCACGUCCCAGACCAAUCAGACCUGUGGUGGCGCAACAUGCUCGAGAACCCGUCUCUCGUUCAGCUUGACCACCGCAUGCUCGCAACAACUACCUUCACUGCCAUCAUGAGUCUCUUCGCAUACACUCGCUUCGGCAAGGGUGUGCGAACUAAGCUUACCAAGGAUGCCCAUAAGGGCGUCCAAGGCAUGGUCCAUCUCGUCACUCUCCAGGUCACCCUCGGCAUCAGCACGCUGAUCUACAUGGUCCCUACGUGGUUGGCUUCCGCACAUCAAGCUGGAGCUCUUGCUUUGUUGACUGGAGCGGUCGUUCUCUGCAGCAGAAUUACCAUGCCACGUCGCGCUAUCCUUCGCCAGAUCAUGAAGCCGCAGAGCGCGGGAUCCCACACUGCUCCUCAUAUGAGGUCACGACUCGAGGCCGCCAAGGUUGCCGAGAAGUCAUUGUAG